GCCUGUAGGUGAGAACUGCUCGCAGCCGAUCGGCUGCAGUGCUGCCCCCUGCCUGCGCGGCGGCACGUGCGUGCGGGAAGACAAUGGAACGUCCGCGUGCGUGUGCGCGCCGGGCAGUGCCGGUGAACAAUGCGAGAUGCUGACUGCAGCCAGCUUCGCCGGGCUGCAGCUCGUUGCCAUGCCGACGCGCUGGGACGCGGAGAAAGAUGCGGCGCUCGUCGUCGAGUUUUCGUUUGCGACGACCGUCUUCGAAGGAGUCCUGCUGCUGUACCGUGGGGUGAGAUCUGAAGAUCGAAUGCCCGUCGUCGUGGCGAUGGAGCUGCGAUCGCGGCCGGAUGCUGUCCACCUGAUUAUCGCCGAGCCGUCACGCCGCCUCGACUUGCCGUUUCCCGUUGCCGCGGGCAACGACGACACGGCGGCAGUGCUACGUAUCGCGCGCUCCCACGUCAGCCUCACUCUGCAUCCGGACCGAUGUGACUUCACGGAUGCUUGCUUCAG